GCAUCUUAUUUUGCGUUCAGUAAACUGUGCGCGAGGUAUGUAGCCGAGCAUCUGCGCAACGAGCACGGCGCACCUGAGUUUAAUAUAAUAUUUCUUGUCCGCUAUUUAUAAAGAAAAAUAUAUUUUAGACUACAGGAAAAAUGAAAAUAACAUGUGUAAAAAGCCUAUUUCAACUGGAAACAGAGAAUAAAAGAACAACUUAGGCCUUUUUUUAUUUUAAUUCAGUGGCACUUGGGCCUAUUUUGUCUAGCCUUUACAUUGGAAUAUGGUGCUGAUAUUUUCGCAAACCAUUGCGUAGAGCGGGAAUGAGUCGAAUCCUUCCCCGCCCAAAUUAUGGUUGAUUUGGGAAGUAUUUGCGCCUAGACCGUGCUGUAGCGCAACCGACAGCCAGUAGUGGCCAGCAGCAAACAGCAGCAGCUACAGCGGUGGAUGUAGGAUCAGAGUCGGGGCGAAUCUAGGAUUCACUGUCAGAGGGGAAGAAGAGCAGAGGACUCUCUCAACGUUCUGAAUCAUGGCUACUGAAACCGUGUCCCCGGCGUGCACUGGAUCCAGUUUGCUGCAACCCAUAAGCGAAAUCAUCAAUCUUCCUCUCGACCAGGUCAACUUUGUGGUGUGCCAGUUGUUUGCCCUGUUGACUGCCUUCUGGUUCCGUCUGUAUCUCCACCCCAGUAAGACCAGUCCCUUCGUCAGACAUGUGGUGGCCACACUACUGGGAUUCUACUUUGCUCUCUUCUGCUUCGGCUGGUAUGCUCUCCACUUCCUGGUUCAGAGUGGGCUCACCUAUGGCAUCAUGAUCCUCACUGGAGUAGAACACAUGCACAAGUACUGUCUGGUGGUGGCCCUGGGCUAUCUCAGCUUCUGUCAGAUCACACGCGUGUACGUCUUCGACUAUGGCAUGUACUCUGCUGACUUCACAGGGCCUAUGAUGGUGAUAACACAGAAGAUCACCAGUUUGGCAUUUGAAAUACAUGAUGGAAUGUGCCGGAAAGAGGAGCAGCUGACCCCAAAUCAGAAGGUCCUGGCUAUAAGGAGGAUGCCCAGUCUGCUGGAAUACUUCAGCUAUAACUGUAACUUUAUGGGAAUACUGGCUGGCCCCACCUCCUCCUACAAUGAUUACAUCGCCUUCAUCGAGGGCACGCCCUGCCGUCGCAGUAAAGACCACCAGACCAAUGGGAAGACCAACGGCAGACACAAACAGACUGACCCCUCCCCAAACAUUGAAGUGGUCCGUAAACUGGCCACCUGUUUCUUCUCCCUCAUGGUUUUCCUCUCGGUCUGUAAAGUGUUCCCUGUGGAACGGAACAUCGACGACGACUUCAUCGCCACCACGCCCUUCUACGCCCAGGUGGUCUACCUCUACCUGUCCAUGCUGACCACCAGGCCCAAGUACUACUUCGUCUGGACGCUGGCUGAUGCCAUCAACAACGCAGCAGGAUUUGGAUUCAAUGGAUACAACAGUGACGGCUCACCACGUUGGGAUCUCAUCUCCAAUCUGAGGAUAAUGGAUAUUGAGUUUGCCAACAGCUUCAAGAUGUUCCUUGACAAUUGGAAUAUACAGACGGCACAUUGGCUCAAAAGGGUGUGUUACGAGCGCUGUCCCUACAACCCCACAGCGGCUACCUUCAUUCUGUCAGCCAUGUGGCACGGAGCCUACCCUGGAUACUACCUCACCUUCCUCACUGGCAUCGUGGUCACACUGGCUGCACGUGCCAUGAGACACAACGUGAGGCCGUACUUCCUGGGCUCGCCUUCACACAAGCUACUGUAUGAUGGGAUCACGUGGGCUGGCACCCAGAUUGCCAUUUGUUACACUGUGGUGCCUUUUGUGCUGCUGUCUGUCGGACCCUCUAUGAAGUUCUACAGGUCCUGGUACUUCAGUGUCCACAUCGGCUGUGUUCUCCUGGCCGUAGCACUGCCAGUCAAGCCCCGACACCUGCGCCUGAAGGAGGCUCCCGUCCUCUCCCACCAGGACUCCACCUCCACAGAUGGCCACUGCAACCAGAAGACCAAAGCCACAUGAAGCAGAUUCAGAGACCAGCAAAGGUGCACACACACAGAGACUAGCACCAAGGACUGCAGGGACUGUCCAACACAUUAUUAGAGAGAGAGACUGUCCAACACAUUAUUAGAGAGAGAGACUGUCCAACACAUUAUUAGAGAGAGAGACUGUCCAAACUGUGUUUUGGAGUCGGACGACGAUUCUCAUUUGUUCACGUGAGAAGGGAUGGGUGGACUGAAAGCUUUGGGAUUUACCUAUCUAGUGCACUACUUUUGACCAGAGCCCUAUGGGUCCUGGUCAAAAGUAGUGCACUAGAAAGUGAAUAGGGUGCCAAUAAAAUUUGAUUUGGAACACAGCCCCUACUUUAUUAUGAGGACUAUUGGCUGUGGCUCAGCGGGAUGGAUGGGUUCCGAAUCGAUGAUGAAAUGCCAGUAUUGUACUGUUACUGUAUUAUGGGAGUAUGCAAACUUGCCUUAUAACCUUUGUCUCUUUCUCCACCCAGUUCUUUUUUUUAGCUUUUGUGUAUCCUCCUCAAAUUGGAUAUUAUUGUGUGUGCGGUGUUUCUUACUCAAGGUGAACAGGUUUUAGGAUCAGGUGAGAGAGAGUGGAGUGGUUUAAGUUAAUGGUGUUAUUGUCCAGGUAAAAAGCAAAGAUACAGGAAAUGAGGACACAAGAACUAAAAGAUAAGGAAAACAAGAUAGUGUCCUUGGUCUUUUCACAAAAUAUGUAGGGUGUCCAACCACUCUGCCCAGAAGUGGGUGAAAAAAAAUGCUCUUUGGUGAUGAAAUUUCACUGAUGUUAUUAAAUACAUUUUACCAAUUCAAAUAUGAUUAUUCAUGUUCUGAAUCGUGGGGACUUUUGGUUUCAUAUCAUUAACAUUAUAGCCAAAAAGUCCGAUUUUGUUACCUAAUACGAUAAUAAGCACCUAACUCUGACAUAGCGGUGAAGAUUUCUCAUCGCUUUUGAGGAUUUUACUUUUUGUGGUCCUCGUCUUCAAAGUUGUUUCCGCGGGUCACAAAAAGCAAAAUUAGCAUGACACAAGCUGAAUUAAAUGUAAAAUGCUUUGAAAAGAAAAAGCUUAGUAUACACUCAGUGCUCCGUUGACAUUUCAGAGAUAUGCUUGCUUUUGUAAGAAAUCUUCGAUAAAGGACAGGAGUUUUGCAUUAAUAUGAAAAGCGUAUACUAAAAUAAGAAAAAAAUACUACAUGUCAUGUCUCAACAUCUAUAUCUAUCUUACCUCUAUAUUGUUUCAUGUCCUCCGGAUUCAAGAAGAAAGCCUGUCAGUUUGCCUUAAUUCUCGCAUAACAUCCAGCCUAGCUGACGGAAUGCAUUUUUUCAGAUUUUUGACCCCCCCCCCCCCCCCCCCCCCUCUGGCCUCCAUUGACUUAGUCACCCUAAUUUUGGCCAUCCUACAAUAACUUUUGAAGGGAUUAUGAUCGAGGCAUGAGGUUUGGACCAUUGGUUUUCUUAGAGGAGUAUUUACACAAUUAAUAUUAUACUGAAGAAAAAUAUGAGCCAGGCCCACCCAAUGGGGAGACAAAUCCAGCCAAUCAGAAUGAGUUUUUCCCCACAUAAGCGCUUUAUUACAGACAAAAAUACUCCUGACCCGUGGUUACACAUGGUCUGCGGUGGUAAGGCCGGUUGGACAUACUGCCAAAUUCUUUGAAACAGUUUUGGAGGCGGCUUUCGGGAGACAAAUGAACAUUUUAUGUAAUUCUCCGGGAACAGCUCUGGUGGACAUUCCUGCAGUCAGCAUGCCAAUUGCACACUCCCUCAACUUGAGAUGUCUGUAGCAUUGUGUUGUGUGACAAAACUGCACAUUUUAGAGUGGCCUUUUAUUGUCCCCAGCACAAGGUGCUCCUGUGUAAAGAUCAUGCUUUUUAAUCAGCUUCUGAUAUGACACACCUGUCAGGUAAAUGGAUUAUCUUGACAAAGGAGAAAUGCUGACUAACAGGGAUGCAAAGAAAUGUGUGCCCAAAAUGUGAGAGAAAUUAGCUUUUUGUGUGUAUGGAACUUUUAUUUCAGCUCAUGAAACAUGGGACCAACACUUUACAUGGUGCAUUUAUAUUUUUGUUCAGUGUAUUUUACCCAUUGGUCAAAAUAUGCAUUUUUGAUUGGACACCCUACAGUAUGAUGAUUCAUGGUCUCAACAGGGAAGAUUUCCUGAAUUAUACCCCUUUCCCUACAUACUGUAAGUAGUACACUUCUUUUGACCAAAGCCCUAUGGUCCUUGGUCAAAGUAGUGCGCUAUACAGGGAAUAGGGUGCCAUUUGGGCAACACCCAAGGACUUACUCCAGACUGUUUGCUUUCACUGGGUGAUGUUAUUGGCUCACUUCAAUGUCACUUCUGUUUUCUUCUGUUGAAUGUCAUUGUGUGUUGUUAUUAUAUAACGGUUUGACACAAUCCAAAUCUGAAAUGAGUGGUUGGAUAGAGAAAGUAACCACUGAGGGAUUAUUAGGGAACGUAUCAAUGAUUUAAAUCAUUUAACAGGUCAUUCCAUGCUGUGAGAGUAGCUACUCACCCCUUAUUCAUGAAUUGUGUGUGAGCAGUGUGAGAGGGGAGAUGGUCUAGUAUUUCCAUGUGUAGAGGUACAUUUUGUCAUUUCAUGUACUUGUUAUUUAUGUGAUUCUAAUGGACUCGUGGUAUGUUCGACAAAGGUGAAAAGGUGGUGGAAAUGUAGGACAAUUAACAUAGGAUCAUGUUGAGCUGGAGGUGAAAGGAACAAAAUUCCAGUAUUUGUAGACACUGCUUCUUCAGACAGUUCUGAUUCUAUUUUCAUUACGAGGGGAAGUGAACUAAACCUACUUGAGUCGAUUGUAAGUUUAGGUAAAUAUGGUCAUUGUAAGAAACCUUUGCUUGAGGCUCUGGAGCAAAGAGAAUGGAAUGCUCAUCAUAGUCCCGAGCAGCCAACCCUGCUAAUUGUUCAUGUGGAUGAUGUGGAUGGUGUGUUUUUGUAUAUUAUGUGAUUAAAAGAUGGAUCUUUUUGGAA